UUCCUUGCCGUUUGAAAAGCCUCGUCAAAGCGCCGCUGUAGAGAGAUGGCAGCUGCAGGUUUUGAACCCGGUGCCGGGCGGAGAAUCAUGGCUGCAGAACAAGAGGCUGAAGAAACUGUUUCUCAAGAGCUGCACAGCGCCUCUGAGCUGAGGAUCGUGCUGCUUGGGAGAAGCUGGGCUGGGAAGAGUGUAGCAGGAAACACCAUCUUGGACAGAGAGGAGGGUAGAUCUGAUUUAAUGAAGGAGUGUGAGAAGAGAACAGGAGAAGUGUCUGGGAGACAGGUCACAGUGGUCGACACUCCAGACUUGUUACACACAGACCGGGUUGAGAUUGAGAGAUGUGUUUCUCUGUCUGCCCCUGGACCCCACGCUUUCCUCCUGGUGAUACGCGUGUAUGUAAAAGAAAAUCAAGACUUUGACACUGUACUGUGGGAGUCUAGUGUAAAAAAGGAUUGCAAAGCCUUUGAUAAAGUGCAGGAGCUGUUUGGUGAGAGAGCUGUGAGGAACACGAUGAUCCUUUUCACCUUCGGGGAUCGUCUGAGAGGCAGGACGAUUGAGCAGCACAUUGAGGAAGCUGGUGAGGAGCUCCAGCAGCGUGUUGAGAAAUGUGGGAACAGGUAUCAUGUUCUCAACAAUCUGGACAGGAGCGAUUGCACUCAGGUCACACAGCUCCUGGACAAGAUAGACAACAUGGUGAAGGGAAGUGGAGGCUGCUACCUCCCAAUAUCAUCUGAGAUUUACCAGGAGGUAGAAGAAAGGAUUAGACUAAAGGAACAGGAGCUGAAUGAGAAACACAAAGAGGAUCUGAGGAGGAGAGAAGAGGAGAUGAAACAGAAAUAUGAGGAGGAACAGAGGAGGAGAGAAGAGAUGAAACAGAAAUAUGAGGAGGAACAGAGGAGGACAGAAGAGGAGAUGAAACAGAAAUAUGAGGAGGAACAGAGGAGGAGAGAAGAGAUGAAACAGAAACAUGAGGAGGAACAGAGGAGGAGAGAAGAGAUGAAACAGAAAUAUGAGGAGGAACAGAGGAGGAGAGAAGAGGAGAUGAAACAGAAGUAUGAGGAGGAACAGAGGAGGAGAGAAGAGGAGCUGAUGGAGAAGUUGAGGAAGCAAAUGAAGGAGGAGGAGCUGGAGAAAGAGGCAGAGGAAUCCAAGCUGCCUGUCAGGAGAAGGGACAGCAUUGAAGGAGGUCGUCCCAACUUGUCUGGAGGUGAAGGAGAGGCUCCCCUUGCAGAUACCCAAGCGCCUCCCAGCCCCCCUGAGCUGAGGAUGGUGCUGCUUGGGAAGACUGGGGCUGGGAAGAGUGCAGUAGGAAACACCAUCCUGGGCAGAGAGGAGUUCAGAUCUGAAGCCAGCUCCUCUGCAGUAACGAGGGAGUGUGAGAAGAGAAAAGGACAAGUGGCUGGGAGACGUGUUGCUGUGAUCGACACUCCAGAGCUCUCUCAGGACAAACUUCAGAUUAGGAGCUGUGUUUCUCUGUCUGCCCCGGGACCCCACGCUUUCCUCCUGGUGGUACCGGUGGGCCGAUUCACAGAGGAAGAGAGGAGAGCAGUGGAGACAGUCCAGGAGAUAUUCAGUGAGGAGGCUGUGAGGAGGUACAUGAUGCUCCUUUUCACACACAGUGACAAACUGAAAGGCAAGACCAUUGAGGAUUAUAUUCAGACAGGCAGCAAGGAGCUCCAGCAGCUUGUUGAGAAAUGUGGGAACAGGUAUCAUGUUCUCAACAAUGAGGACAGGAGCGAUCGCACUCAGGUCACACAGCUCCUGGACAAGAUAGACAACAUGGUGAAGGGAAACAACGGCAGCUACUACACCAGUGAGAUGUACCAGCAAGCAGAAGCAAAGAUCAGACAAAGACAAGAGGAGAUACUGAAGGAGAAGGAAGAGACGAUAUUGAAGGAGGAAAAAGAACUGAGGGCAAAGCACCUGAAAGAACUGGAGAACAUGGAAAGGAAGAUGAGAUUGGAAAUCCAGAAACGAGACGAGAAGAUCAGAGAGCUGGAGGAGAGGAUAGGAGAGCUGGAGGAAGAGCUGAGGAAAGAACAGGGAGAGAAUCACAGGAUCAAACUGGAGGAAGAGCUGAGGAGAAAGAGAGAGGAGAGAGAAAGGGCGGAGCGAGAGAAGGAGGAGUGUAUGGAGAAGGGAGAGAGAGAGAGGGGAGAGUACAAGGAGAAACACAGGAGAGAGAUGGAGGAAGUCAGGCAGCGCUACGAGGAAAUCAUUAGACCAGAAGCAGAGAGAGCCAACGAGUUUAUAAGCACAUAUGAAAAGCCAGCUGAAGCGAGAGGAGAAAGGGCAGCAGAGAGGUCCAGCCAGCUUGUGAAGCACUAUGUGAAGCCAGCAGCAGUAUUACUGGGAGCAGCGGCAGGGGCACUGCUAGGGGCAGCAGCAGGAGCUCUGAGGGGUCCAUUGGGAGCUGCAGCAGGAGCUGCUAUUGGAUCUGUAGCAGGAGCACAAGUAGGAUCUCUGAUAGGAGGAGCAGUCAGGUCAGGAGUAGCAGAGAGCUCAGACACACACACACAGAGAAGCAGAGAGCUCAAAUAAACUCCUUUUUAUGCGAUUAGGAAAAGCUUCAUCAAGCAGCUCAUUAUAAUGACAUGUUGUUAAAUAUGAUUGUGUUUGUCUCCACGGCUGCGUAUCCAGAGCCUUGCUUUCUACAGCACAGUGUCAGGUUUGAGGAGAGCACUGUGAGCCUCCUGCGAAGCUGUAACUCGCUGGGAAAUGCACACUUUAUCAAUGGAUUUGAAUCAAUGUCUAGAAACCACUGCGAGCUGGUGAAUGGAAAAUCUCUCUGCAGAAUCAGUGACAGAUGAACGGCAGUGAAUCUAGGAGGCAGUGCGGUCCAGUGGUUAAAGUCCAGGGCUUGUAACCAGGAGGACACCGGUUCAAAUCCCAGCUCUGUCACUGACUGACUCACUGUCAAUAGAAUGUGCUUUGCCUAGGUCCUGAGUAUUUCAACCGGGCAGCAGUGUGGAGUAGCGGUCAGGGCUCUGGACUCUUGACCGGAGGGUUGUGGGUUCAAUCCCAGGUGGGGGACACUGCUGCUGUACCCUUGAGCAAGGUACUUUACCUAGAUUGCUCCAGUAAAAACCCAACUGUAUAAAUGGGGAAUUGUAUGUAAAAAUAAUGUGAUAUCUGUAUAAUGGGAUAUCUUGUAACAAUUGUAAGGGCGUCUGCUAAGAAAUAAAUAAUGUCUCUGUCAAUAAGUCCUGAGUGUUUCAACCAAAUAUUCUUAGCCAUGGCAUUGUGUGUGUUUGUGGCACUCUUGUAUAUUGAUUGUGUGUAUAACAUGUUUUCCUAUAGUGUGUAUGUAUGUAUUGUCUGUGCUCUGAUUCCGAGAGAUAAUAAAGUCAUGAAUACUAAUACAAAAUAA